CACAAGUCAUCCACAAGCCCACAAGAACCAAAUUUUUGGAAAAAUCUUAUACGGACGGUGUACAGAAUGAGCUCGGGAAAUAGCUGCGACAGUCUCAGCGACUCACCAAUAAGCCCGAUAAGAGUGGUAGGACCAACAACACCCAGAAGAGGACCACCUAAAUUCAAACAGAGAAUGACAAGACAAUUCAAAAGCAAACCUCCCAAGAAGGGAGUCAGAGGAUUCGGAGAUGAGAUCCCAGGAAUGGAUGGUCUUGGCACCGACAUCACCGUGGUGUGUCCGUGGGAAGCCUUUAGCCAUCUGGAGUUGCACGAGCUCGCCCAGUAUGGUAUUAUUUGAAACGGACGACAGGAAGAUGUGUCCACUUGGACAUGUUUAGUGGACUAGACCGGUUCCACCUCUGGAUCCCAAAGAAGGGAUGCUGUAAAUGGACACUUGCACCAUUGCCUUGAAAGCGUUGAGCUGUAUAGACGCCAACCCACCAGCCUAUGAAUGCACAAUGCAUAUAAUGUAGUUACUAUUCAGAUGCAGGUUUAUAGGAUGAAGCUGUGGAAUGUGGAGCAA